CGCGCGGCUGGCGGUGGUUGGUGGCGCGCGGCGCCGGCGAGCCGUUGGCGUGAGCGGGACGGAGAGGAGGCGGCGAGAGCCGGCGCCAUGGUGGAGAAGGAGGAGGCCGGCGGCGGCAUCAGCGAGGAGGAGGCGGCGCAGUAUGACCGGCAGAUCCGCCUGUGGGGAUUGGAGGCCCAGAAACGGUUGCGGGCCUCCCGGGUGCUUCUUGUCGGCAUGAAAGGACUUGGGGCUGAAAUUGCCAAGAAUCUCAUCCUGGCAGGAGUGAAAGGACUGACCAUGCUGGAUCACGAACAGGUAUCUCCAGAAGAUCCUGGAGCUCAGUUCCUGAUUCGUACUGGGUCUGUUGGCCGAAAUAGGGCUGAAGCUUCUUUGGAGAGAGCCCAGAAUCUCAACCCCAUGGUCGAUGUGAAGGUGGACACUGAGGAUAUAGAGAAGAAACCUGAGUCAUUUUUCACUGAGUUUGAUGCUGUGUGCCUGACUUGCUGUUCCAGGGAUAUCAUAGUUAAAAUUGACCAGAUCUGUCACAAAAAUAGCAUCAAAUUCUUUACAGGAGAUGUUUUUGGCUACCAUGGAUACACAUUUGCCAAUCUUGGAGAGCAUGAGUUUGUAGAGGAGAAAACCAAAGUUGCCAAAGUUAGCCAGGGAGUAGAAGAUGGACCUGAUACCAAGAGAACAAAACUUGAUUCUUCUGAAACAACUAUGGUCAAAAAGAAGAUAGUCUUCUGCCCUGUUAAAGAAGCACUGGAGGUAGACUGGAGCAGUGAUAAAGCGAAGGCACAACUGAAGCGCACAACUCCUGAUUACUUUCUCCUUCAAGUGCUCCUGAAGUUCCGCACAGAUAAAGGAAGAGAUCCUAGUUGUGAUACAUAUGGGGAAGACUCUGAGUUGUUGCUCCAGAUACGAAAUGAUGUGCUUGACUCGCUGGGUGUUAGUCCUGACCUGCUUCCCGAGGACUUUGUCAGGUACUGCUUCUCUGAGAUGGCCCCGGUGUGUGCGGUGGUUGGAGGGAUUUUAGCACAGGAAAUUGUGAAGGCGCUGUCUCAGAGGGACCCUCCUCACAACAACUUCUUCUUCUUUGAUGGCAUGAAGGGGAGUGGCAUUGUGGAGUGCCUCGGCCCCAAGUGAACCCACGGCUUGGUGGCCCUGGAGAUGGUGACCCACAGCGGGCCCCCGUGUAUUCCCAGUCCCCUCCCCUGAAUGACGAGGGACAAGUGAAGUCACUGGCCCAAUACAAAUCCUUUCCUGCGAGCAAGGAGGUGGUGCUUCCAUCACCAGCAGCUGCUACACACAAGGGCACAGGGACGACUGUCUCCAUGCCACCACCCCAGGCCUGCCAGCUCCCCUGAGCAGUUCAAACUUUAAGGCACCCCUCUGCCCCCUCUCUGUCUUGGUGCCAUCACGGAGUCACCAGCCCCCUGGGGUAUUGUUGGAGAUGCCUGCCAGGACCCAGCACAUCCUGUUGCUUAGGAGCCUCUUGCCACCUUCUUGGACUUACUCCCCACCUGAUGUCGCACAGAGAGGAGCGUGACUUCAGGUGGGUAAUAAGGCCCAGGCCCGAGGAAACACCAGUGAACCACAGUUCCAAAUGCAGACAGAUGCCCCUCGACAGGAAAGAACACAACGGGCGGAAUGUGUUUCCUCCAAAGUUUGAGAUCCUGACAAACAACAGGUGGCAUCUGGUGUGCUGUUCUGGAGUUUUAGUUUAGGAUUAGUCGUGUUCCAGCCUGGGUUUUCGAAGAGAGGAAAUGUUACCAAGUCUUGGGUAUUAGGGUAAGACCUUGAGUAUUAGAGAGCUUGUUUCAAAAGGUGGAUUCCUGGGGCUUCUGGGCUGGGGUGGAGGAACCUGCCCUUUUAACAGAACGCCAGUCACUGACGCGGCACGGACCGUUCUGGAGGCUGUUCCACUUGAAGGCUGUGUCAUUUCUUCAUUGACGCCCUGAAUUGCAGCUGUUUGUGUUUUACAUGUUUUCUAAACUUUCUUUGGUUCUUUUAUUAAUAAAAGGAAUGAUAAUAGAAAUAAAGUUAUUUGCUUUAGUA